UCCUGUGUAUUAUUAAGUUUUCUUGUUUCAUGUAUUUUGUAAGUAUAUUUCUCUGUUAUAUUAAUAAAAAUGUAUGUAUUGUAUUUUUUGUAUGUUACUUGAGUGAGGAUUUACAUUAGUUACGGAGGUGAGGUCUUUCAUGGGUUCACUCUGGGUGGCCAGUCGUGACGUGGCCAGGGGUUUGUCGACACGCAGGCGGUGCCGGCUGUGUGAGGUGCCCGUGCUCCUGGGUCGGCCUUGUAAGGAUUUACACGGUGACGGCUGCGAUACUGGGAGUAGGUGGUGGAAUGCCGGUGACCGACGUUGUUAUCGCCAAGGGUUGUGCAGGGUCCGCCGAUCUGUGUGUGCUUUAGGAUGCAUUGUGGGUGUCCAGUGACGGGAGGUACCGCGUUGAAACAACACAGCAUUAAAGUUGCAACGUCCUGCCCGCUCUAUCAUUGGUCAUCCUACAUUUCAACGCGGCUCCAAGAUGGAUGGGAAGGACAUACAGAAGGUGAAGGAUGCACGCACGGUAGCCAAGAGGACAUUCACGAGGAAAUGCAAGCUUUUUGAUGAAGCAGUUACUCGGCGUGACGCUAACGUUGUGUUAAGUGACAUCUGUGCAGAGGUAUGUGAUGUGUUUACGAAAGUUGAACGAUGUCACGAGGAAUACGUGUCGAUCCUCGUAAAAAAUGGUGAGGAAGAAAGUGUCAUUGCGGAAGCUGAACAAUACAUUGAUGAACUAGAAAGGAGAAAGCUUGAUUUGGUGGCCACUGAACGUAAAUUGUGUUCAGGGAAGGAUCCAGACAAAGAUGGAUUGCUUAAGGUGAAAAGUAUUCAGCCUCCAGUGUUUAAUGGGGAGAUUAGGACCUACCCCACCUUCAAGGAAGACUAUAAGAGAUUGAUGGAAAGUAGUUUUCGUAAAGACCCUUAUGCUCUAAGGUCAUGUCUGAGUGGUGCAGCACUCGAUGCCGUCCAAGGAGUAGAGAAUGAUUAUGACAAAAUGUUCAACAGAUUAGAUGAAAAAUUUGGAGAUAAUUGUAAAUUAGUGGAUACCCUGUUAUGUGAUUUGAAGUCAACCAAACCUAUCAAUGAAGGUGAUAUCAAAGGGUUCGUUAGGAUGGUAGAAAAGUUUGAAAGAUGCUGGCUUGACAUGAGAAGGAUGAAUCUAGAGAGAGAAAUGAACACUGUAAACAUGGUGAGCUUUGUGGAGAGAAUUAUGCCUGGCACACAGAGACGUGAGUGGGUUAUUUGGUCUGAGAAAUAUAGAAAUUCCACAGAUCUUUUUGAAAGAUUAAUGGAGUUUUACUCAGGGAAAAAGGGUACUUGA